AUGGUGGCCCUUGAAUACUUUAUUGAUAUCUACCGAUCGUGCCUCUUCCAAAUUGUCAUCGUCGGGCUAGUCGCCUUUUGUGAACCCGGUAUUUGGACCGCCCUGAACAAUCUUGGAGCGGGGGGCAACGCGAGUCCACAACUGAAUAAUGCUGCUAAUGCCUUGACAUACGGCCUUAUGUCAGUAGGUUGCUUUCUUGCUGGCGGUGUCACCAACAAGAUUACUGCAAAAUGGACCUUAUUCAUCGGAGCGGCAUUUUAUACUCCUUAUGCAGCGGGUUUAUAUUGCAACAACCGCUAUGGGAAUGAAUGGUUCCUUCUAUUGGGAGCCGCUCUUUGUGGAAUUGGGGCGUCUCUUCUCUGGGCCAGUGAGGCUGCCAUUGCAGUUGGUUAUCCAGAGGAAGAGAAGAGAGGCCGAUACGUUGGAAUCUGGAUGGGUAUUCGGCAAAUGGGCCCACUUGUUGGUGGUGCGAUAUCCCUCGCUCUCAAUGUGAACACUGCGCAUGUUGGAAAAGUCACCUACACAACAUACCUGGGGCUUGUCGCUAUUUCUUCUCUUGGAGCUCCAUUCGCGCUGUUACUAUCACAGCCGCAGGAUGUCGUCAGAAAAAAUGGCACCAAGAUUCCCUACAUGAAGAAGACGAGCUUUGCUAUUGAGGCACGCGCUAUCUGGAAGCAAUUGAGAAAUAAGUACAUGUUGCUACUCAUUCCAAUCUUUCUGGCCGGACAAUUUGGUACAACUUACCAAGGAAACUAUUUGACAACUUACUUCACCGUCCGCUCCAGGGCCCUCGCAUCUUUCUUAACAGCCGUGGUCGGGGCUAUAGCCAACAUAACGACAGGCAUGCUCUUAGAUUUGAAGUACUUCCCAAGAGAAACCAGGUCUAAAGCCGUAUAUAUAUUCGUCCUCAUCUUUGUCACAGCAGCUUGGACAUGGAAUGCUGUCACCCAGACGAAACUCUCCCGUAUGGCUGACCCGCCUGCCUUUGAUUUGGGCGAUGGUGUUUUCUUCAACUCGUCUUUUACUGUUUACAUGUUCUUCAAGUUCUUCUAUGAGGUGCUGCAGACAUACAUUUAUUGGUUAAUGGCCGAGAUCAAGGGAGCCCAGCAAGACGGCGAUAUCGCGAGGACAACCGGGAUUUUAAGAUCAUGGGAGUCCAUUGGUAGCACGAUUGCCUAUGCAGUCGGCGCAACUUCCUGGUCCAAUUUGAACCAGAUGAUACUUGGGUUUUCACUAUGGGGAUUCACAAUCCCUUUUGCAAUGCUCGCUGUAUUCGGCAAUUGGAACAACGCUACGUUCGAAAAUGAGAAUGAGGAAACGGAAGCAGACAAUAGCAGUCUUGAGGCACAGCGGGUGGUUAUCAAUUCUGACGGGAAGAAUUGA